CCGCGGAUUAACCGCGGUAUAUUAUGUCACGAGACGACUACAAUCCUGUAACUAGCUCUGGUGUACGCAGCCCGGGUCGUUCCAGGCGACUCACGGAAUUGCCAACAGUUGAUCGUUCACCAUCACGGGAUUACGGUACACGUGGAAGUCCUUUAGCAAUGGGCAGUCCAUACUAUAGAGACAUGGAUGAGCCAACAAGUCCCGCCGGGGCGGGACAUCAUCGGAGCCGUAGCGCAAGCAGACCACCGAUGUCACACGCCAUGGAUUAUCCAAGAACACGUUAUCAAUCACUUGAUCGAGGUGGCUUGGUUGAUCCUCACGAUCGCGAGUUCAUACCAAUACGUGAACCUCGCGAUCGUUCGCGUGAUAGAUCACUUGAAAGAGGGUUAUACUUAGAAGAUGAAUUGUAUGGGCGUUCAGCUCGACAAAGUCCAAAUCCCAUAGGUUAUAAUACAGGUUUACCAUCGACGGAUCGUGCCUAUCUCGGGGAUUUACAACAUCAAAAUACGGAUUUACAACGUGAACUGGGACAACUUAAACGUGAGCUUGAAUUAACAAAUCAAAAACUAGGUAGUUCCAUGCAUAGUAUUAAAACCUUCUGGUCUCCUGAACUGAAAAAGGAACGUGCUUUGCGCAAAGAGGAGAGCGCUAAAUAUAGUCUUAUCAAUGAUCAGCUAAAGCUUUUGAGUACCGAAAAUCAGAAACAAGCAAUGCUAGUACGUCAGUUAGAGGAAGAAUUGCGUUUGCGUAUGCGACAACCGAAUCUAGAAAUGCAACAGCAAAUGGAAGCGAUUUAUGCUGAAAAUGAUCAUUUACAACGUGAAAUUAGCAUUUUAAGGGAAACAAUUAAGGACUUAGAGUGUCGUGUUGAGACACAAAAACAAACUUUAAUCGCACGAGAUGAAAGUAUUAAGAAAUUACUAGAAAUGCUUCAAACAAAAGGAAUGGGCAAAGAGGAAGAGCGUCAAAUGUUUCAACAAAUGCAGGCAAUGGCACAAAAACAGUUGGACGAAUUCCGUCUUGAAAUACAAAGAAGGGAUCAAGAAAUAUUGGCGAUGGCGGCCAAAAUGAAAACAUUGGAAGAACAGCAUCAGGACUAUCAGCGGCACAUAGCUGUUCUCAAAGAAUCACUAUGUGCCAAGGAAGAACACUAUAAUAUGCUACAGACCGAUGUUGAGGAAAUGCGCGCCAGACUGGAAGAGAAAAAUCGGCUUAUUGAGAAGAAAACACAAGGCACAUUACAAACUGUGCAGGAACGUAAUCGCCUAACCAGUGAACUGACUGAACUAAAGGAUCACAUGGAUAUAAAAGAUCGUAAAAUUAAUGUACUACAAAGAAAGAUUGAAAAUCUUGAAGAUCUUUUAAAAGAAAAAGAUAAUCAAGUUGAUAUGGCACGUGCACGAUUAUCAGCAAUGCAAGCACACCACAGUAGUUCAGAGGGCGCUCUCACAAGUCUUGAAGAAGCUAUCGGCGAUAAAGAGAAACAAAUGACUCAAUUGCGAGAGCAGCGAGAUCGUGCCGAACAUGACAAACAAGAGGAACGUGAAUUACAUGAACGCGAGAUUGCCGAUUAUAAAAUUAAAUUACGCGCAGUGGAGAGUGAAGUUGAAAAACUUAAUACACGCCUUGAACGUGCAGUCACCGAACGUGAACGUCUUGAAAUAAAACUCGAAGCCUCACAGAGUGAAUUGGGUAAAUCGAAAGCUGAACUCGAAAAGGCAACAUGUGAAAUGGGACGCAGCAACGCCGAUUGGGAAGCGACAAAACAACGGAUUGCACGUUUGGAGUUGGAGAACGAGCGAUUGAAACACGAUUUGGAACGUUCCCAGCUGCAGCUAGAAGAACAAACCUCACUGCAUAAAACAACAUUUGGCCGCACAACGAUGACAACUUCGCAAGAACUCGAUCGUGCGCAGGAGCGUGCGGACAAGGCUGCCGCCGAACUAAGACGUACACAGGCCGAGCUUAGAGUGACACAGUCGGAUGCAGAACGGGCACGUGAAGAAGCCACCGCAUUACAAGAGAAACUUGAAAAGAGUCAAGGUGAAGUUUAUCGACUGAAGGCCAAGCUUGAGAAUGCGCAAGGUGAACAAGAGAGUCUGCGGCAAGAAUUGGAAAAAUCGCAGAGCAGUGUAUCCCGCAUACAUGCAGACCGAGAUAGGGCCUUCGCUGAGGUUGAAAAAAUGAAAGAAGAAAUGGAACGCACGCAAGCCACUUUGGGUAAAGCACAGUUACAACAGGAGAAACUUCAGAACUCACUCGACAAAGCACAAAACGAAGUCGAUCAUUUGCAAGAGAAACUCGAUAAGGCUGGCACCGAAAAUCGUCGUUUGGUGCUCGAAAAAGAGAAACUCACCUAUGAUUAUGAUAAUUUACAGUCUCAGUUGGAUAAGGCAUUAGGACAAGCAGCACGUAUGCAAAAAGAACGCGAAACCUUAACACUUGACACUGACAGAAUACGGGAGAAAUUAGAAAAAACUCAGAUGCAACUAGCACGCGUCCAGAAAGAACGGGAUCAAUUUUCUGAUGAACUCGAAACACUGAAAGAGCGUUCAGAAUCAUCGCAAACGUUGCUUAUGAAAGCAGCACGUGAUAGAGAAGCAAUGCAAACCGAUUUGGAGGUGCUCAAGGAGCGUUACGAGAAAUCGCACGCCAUACAACAGAAACUACAGAUGGAACGCGAUGACGCAGUGACAGAGGUGGAAAUUCUUAAGGAGAAACUAGACAAAGCUCUUUACGCCAGCCAGAAACUGAUUGAUGAGAAAGACACUUCGAACAAGGAAUUCGAGAAGAUGCUUGAGAAAUACGACCGUGCGCAGAAUGAAAUUUAUCGUCUGCAAUCACGUUGUGAUACCGCAGAAGCAGAUCGUGCACGCCUCGAGGUUGAGGCGGAACGGUCGUCAUUAGCUGCUUCGAAAGCACGUGAAGACUUACGUAAAUUGCAAGAGGAAAGUACACGUUUACAAGAAGCUUGUGAUAGAGCUGCCUUGCAACUCAGUAGAGCAAAGGAGUGUGAAGAUAAUGCACGCGGUGAACUCGAACACAAUCGUGAAAGAUUCGAUAAGUUGCAAACAGACUUACGACGCGCACAAGGUGAGAAGGAACAUUUACAAUCUGAGUUGGAACGCGUGUCAUAUGAAUUGGAGCGAGCACACGCAGCACAAAGCAAAGCAAGCGCCAGUGUGGAAUCUGCCAAAGAAGAAGCUGCACACUAUGCAGUUGAGUUGGAGAAAAUGCGCGAUCGAUAUGAAAAGAGUCAAACUGAGCUUAGAAAAUUACAAGAUACCGAUACUUUCGGUCGAGAAACACGUCGCCUUAAAGAAGAAAACGAGCGUUUGCGUGAAAAACUCGAUAAAACGCUCAUGGAACUUGAAACAAUACGUGGCAAAUCACAAUAUGAAUCCGAAUCCUUUGAAAAAUAUAAAGAUAAAUAUGAUAAGAUUGAGCAUGAAAUACAGAAUAUGGAAUCUAAAUUGCAUGAGACAACUCUGCAGCUCGAACUAUCCAAAGGAGAAGUUGCCAAACUUUUGGCGAAUCAAGAGAAACAGCGCAGUGAAUUGGAACGCGCACACAUUGAGCGUGAAAAAGCACGCGACAAACAUGAGAAACUACUUAAAGAAGUUGAAAGACUACGCCUGCAAUCGUCUUCAGCUAUUAGUCCGGCUGAUUCAGUACGAGCAUCUAUGUCAGCAGGAGAACGUCAAGAGAUCGAUAGAUUGCGUGAUCGACUCGAAAAAGCACUACAAUCGCGUGAUGCUACAGAACUGGAAGCAGGACGCCUCGCAAAGGAACUCGAAAAAGCUCAAAUGCAUUUAGCCAAACAACAAGAGACCAACGAAUCAACACGCAUUGAAUUCGAACGUAUGUCCGCCGAACUUGGUCGCCUCCAUGACCGUCUCGAGAAGUCGGAAGCAGAAAAGGAAACAUUACGACAGAGUAGAAAUGGUGGUGAUAAACCGCAUCCACAGAUUGAGAAACAUAUACAAAAAUUAGAAGCUGAUUGCAAACAAUUGGCCAUGGAACGAGAACAAUUGGUUUUACAGUUGGAGAAGAGUCAAGAAAUUUUAAUGAAUUUCCAAAAAGAACUGCAAAAUGCUGAAACUGAACUACAGCGCACUCGAGAAGAGAACAGAAAGUUACGAAACGGCCAGCCUGUGGCACCAGCAGCACCAGCCGAAAUACAAGCCAUGCAAAAGGAAAUACAACUACUUCAACAGAAAUUGCAGGAUUCCGAAAAGGCACUCGCAACAGCCGCACCAGCGGCAGGUGGCGCUAGUCGUGAAGAACUCGAACAAUGGCGUAAGGUCAUUGAAGCCGAGAAGAACAAAGCAGAUAUGGCAGACAAGGCAGCACAAGAAAUGCAUAAACGUAUACAGUUGAUGGACCAACACAUUAAAGAACAACACCAACAAAUGCAGAAAAUGCAACAACAAAUGGCACAACAACAACAACAACAACAACCGCCAACGCAAGAGCACGCAAAGGAACUGGAGAAAGUUAAAAGUGAAAUGCAAGCCGCGUGUGUGGAACGGGAUCGCUUCCAACAACAAUUGGAGUUGCUGGUACAGGAACUGGAGAAGAGUCAGGUUGCAAAUCAGGAACAAGCCAAGCAAUUGCAGGCCGCUCAACAGCAGGUGCAGCAGUUGCAACAGCAAAUACAAAUGUUACAGCAGCAAAUGCAACAAUUGCAACAAGCUGGAAAUGCUGGCGCUGCAGCAACCGAUGUGCAACGACAGCAAUUGGAGCAACAGCAGAAGCAACUGGAAGAAGUGCGUAAGCAAAUCGAUAAUCAAGCGAAAGCCACCGAGAGCGAACGUAAGAUUAUUGAAGAGCAACGCAAACAAAUUGAAGCCAAACGCAAGGAUAUCGAAGAGAAGGAGAAGAAAAUGGCGGACUUUGAUGUCCAACUACGCAAACGGAAAGAACAAAUGGACCAAUUGGAGAAAUCACUGCAAACACAAGGCGGUGGUGCAGCCGCAGCAGGCGAACUUAACAAAAAACUUAUGGACACCCAAAGACAAUUGGAAGCAUGCAUCAAAGAACUGCAGAAUACCAAGGAAGAGCACAAAAAAGCGACAACCGAAACCGAGAGAUUAUUGCAACUGGUGCAAAUGUCACAAGAAGAACAGAAUGCCAAGGAGAAAACAAUUAUGGACUUACAACAAGCUUUAAAGAUCGCUCAAGCAAAAGUAAAACAAGCACAAACGCAACAACAACAAGACGCCGGACCAGCGGGAUUCUUAAAGAGCUUUUUCUAAACUCAGUAAGCGAAAAGUAUUACUCAAAUCAAUUCUAAUUUUUUCUUGUAAAUUUUUAACUAUCAAAACCUCAAAGUAUUUAUUUUUAA